AUGGAGCCGGGCAGCGCCCUUCCCAACGCCUCGGGUAACGGCAGCGGCGCCAGCAGUGCCCCACACUCACCCGCAGCCACGGGGCUCAUCUUGCUGGCAGCCCUGGCCGUCCUGCUGGCCACGCUGCUGGGCAACGCUCUGGUGGUGGUGGCCAUCUCCACCAGCCGGGCCCUGCAAGCCCCACAGAACCUCUUCCUCGUGUCCCUGGCCUCGGCAGACAUCCUGGUGGCCGUCCUCGUGCUGCCCUUCUCGCUGGCCAACGAGGUGAUGGGCUACUGGUACUUUGGCGGGCUGUGGUGCAGCCUGUACCUGGCGCUGGACGUGCUGCUGUGCACGGCGUCCAUCGGGCACCUCUGCGCCAUCAGCCUUGACCGCUACUGGGCCGUGACACGGGCGGCGCGGCUCAACCUGCGCCGGGACCCGCGGAGGGUCAGGGCCAUGAUCGGGGCGGUGUGGGCGGCAGCGGCCCUGGUGGCACUGCCACCCCUCCUGCGGCCGCGGCCGGGCGGGCGGGAGUGCCAGCUGAGCCAGGAGACCUGGUACGUGCUGGCCUCCUGCGCCGCCUCCUUCUUCGUGCCCUGCCUCGUCAUGGUGGCCGUGUACUGCCGCAUCUACUGCCUGACCGCCGGGCGCACGGCCGCCCUGCUCGCUGCCCGCUCCCCGCGCCCUGCCAGCGGUGACGGAAAGGUGUCGGGUGUGGGGAUGCUGAGAUGGCGCCGUCGGAGCCAGCACCAGAGCGUGCUGCUGUGCCGCCGGCGGCUGGUGAGGGCGAGGGAGCGGCGCUUCACCGUGGUGCUGGCUGUGGUGAUGGGCGCCUUCGUGCUGUGCUGGUUCCCCUUCUUCUUCACCUACAGCCUGGGGGCUCUCUGUGGGCAGGGCUGCCGUGUCUCCAAGCCCCUCUUCAACUUCUUCUUCUGGAUCGGCUACUGCAACAGCAGCGUCAACCCCCUCAUCUACACCCUCUUCAACCGGGACUUCCGAGCUGCCUUCCGCCGGCUCCUGGCCGUCCCGCACCGGCGCCGCUCUUAG